UUUCAGCUUCCAUAUACUAAAUAUAUGAGGUUAAAAUAAAACAUCAGAUGCCUAUUAUAAUUUUUUUCUAGAGGAACUUAAGAAGUUAGCAGAGAUUGCGAAUCAGCUUGGAAACUGAAUAUGUUAUCACGCUUCACGGCCAAUUGUGUGUUGCAAAGCCGACAUAAGACGGUAUUCAAUAUAUUACCAACACUAUGUGGGCAAGUAAGAUGUAAGACUAAGCAAGUAGAGAAACCUAAGCCAGGGGCAGGUAUACAAUAUCGACGUAUUGUACACUUUAAAGAUGAGUACACCAUCGAACCGCUGAAAACAACUCAUUUGGCUGGGCGCGAUCCAGUCACAGGACGUGUGAUAGCCAAAGGAAUUGGUGGUGGCAUUAAACAAAAGUAUCAUUGGAUUAAGUGGGAAAGAGACGGUCCAACGGAAGGAGCCCCUCAAGAAGAGCGGGUAAUCCAGAUUAUGGAUGAUGGUUGUAGAACUGCUAAAAUCGCUUUGGUUGGCGUGGGAGAUGAACUCAAAUACAUUUUAGCUACUGAAAAUAUGAAAGCCGGUGAUUUAAUACGUACAUCAAAGUUUAUACCUAGAAUACCGGUGCGUCCUAACGAGGGUGACGCUUAUCCACUGGGUGCUUUACCUGUAGGUACAAGAAUUCAUAAUUUAGAGAAAAACCCCGGAUUUGCCUUCCAUUUCAUACAUGCUGCUGGUACUUAUGGUACAAUACUACGGAAAUUUGACGAUAAGGUCGUGGUUCAGUUGCCAUCGAAAAGAGAAUUCGCUUUCGAUAGAACAUGCAUGGCUACAGUAGGCCGUCUAAGUAACAUCAAUCAUAAUAAAGAGCAUAUAGGUUCUGCUCAGCGUAAUCGUGAACUUGGCAACCGGCCACGUUCCGGUCUAUGGCAACGGAAAGACGGUCGUUUUGGACGGAAAAUACGUAAAUUACCGCCUAUGUCUGUAAUACUACCUCCGUCUCGGAAGGGCGUAGAGCCCAUUAUGCUGACAAUACCUUUGUGAACGUAUUAACAUCCCAUUUCGUUUAUUAUCUAAUUUCAAUAAAGUUAAAUAUAAAUAAAAAUUACUAUAAAAA